CGUUGGAUAUAUUAGCAAAUCUAAAUGAGUUACCUGGUUUUCCGCCUUAUGAAGAAAUCAACAAAAAGACCAAAUAUCUUAUGGUCAAGCCCUUUUUUAGCAAGUCACUUGGGAUUGAUAGCCCUUGGCAACAAUAAUAUAGAGACAACCCUAUGAAAUUCUUCUCUUUGUUGUUUCUUUUAAUUGUUUUGAUUGCGAUCCAUAAAUUUAAUUUGCAAUAUUUAUCUCUCUCCGCUCUCUUUUUUUCUUUGGAUCGAUUGCGCGGAUAGUUAUACUAAUUAUACUAAAUAAAACAUCCUCGCCUUUUAUUAAUUUAGAUCUACAGCAGAGAACUGAAACAGUAAAUUUGACUAAAGUGAGUAGAGCAAUGAAGAUUAAUCCACCAAUAUUUUUGCAAAUUAACAGAUAUUAUCUUAAAUUAGUCAAAGGUGAUAAUUUUCCGAGGUACUUUUUUCAAAGAUGGUUUGGUGCAGAUUUUUCUCACACUGAAACUCCAACUACCAAAUCCAAUAUUGAUGCUUCAUCAGCUGUUCCCAUUUCAUCUUCAUCCAUGGAAUCCAGUUACUCCCAGAUGGCUGCUGAUUCAACAUGGGUUUCAAAGAUUAUAUUGUAUUCUUUCUGGCAAAGUUCAUGUUCUUGGAGAGUUCGCUUUGCCUUAAACCUCAAAGGACUUGCUUAUGAAUAUAGAGCAGUCAACAUUGACAAAGGAGAACAGUUUACUUCAGAGUUUGAGAAGUUAAAUCCUCUUCAUUAUGUUCCUGUAUUGGUUGAUGGCGAUGUGGUCAUUUCGGACUCCUAUGCAAUUUUACUAUAUUUAGAAGAGAAGUAUUAUCAGAGACCCCUGUUGCCAGUUGAACCUCAAUUAAGAGCUCUCAAUCUUCAGGCAGCAAGUAUUGUCAGCUCUAGUAUGCAGCCACUUCAUAUGUUGUCAGUGCUGAGAUACAUGGAGGAAAGGGUUGGUCCCGAAGAGAAACAAUCUUGGGCAAAAUUUCACAUACAAAAAGGUUUUAGUGCUCUUGAAAAAUUGCUCACAGGAUCUGCUGAAAAGUAUGCUACAGGAAAAGAAGUAUAUAUGGCUGAUGUGUUUUUGGCGCCUCAAAUUGCAGUGGCUACUAAAAGAUUUAACAUUGACAUGUCCCAGUUUCCCACUUUAACAAGGAUAUAUGAUUCCUGUAAGGCGUUGCCAGAAUUCCAAGCUUCUUCACCGGAGCGACAGCCUGAUGCUGCCCUGUAAGCUAUGCAUAAUACUGAGUUGCAAGAAUAUUGAAGUCUGCUAAAUGUGAUGAAGUUAUAAGCAAAAUGUAAAACCUUAACUUGUGUUUGGUAUGAUGUAAAAAUAUUUUCAUACUAUGUUUUGGUUGAACAUCUUUUGAAAGAAAAGAUUGUUGACGAAUCUUGAAAUAUGAAAGUCACUAAUCACAUUGUUUUGUGAUGUAUAAGAAAUUCAAUUAAAAUCAGGGAUUUGUUAUUGUAGAA